AAAUCCACAUGUCCUCUACUUCGCGGUCAGCAUACUGGAAAGUGCACGUUGUUGUUGAAUCUGUUUUGAGUUUUCGAUUUCAAUUUCAAUAAACGAUAAUUAUAUUUUAUAAAUUAAUUGAAAACGUAGUGGUGCUAGAAAAUGUCUUCGUUUUUUCUAAAAGGAAAACCACGAACCGUUGGUACGAAGCGAAAGUACGACAAAACAAAACCAACCAAAAAGGAAACCAAACUUCAAAAUCGAAAGGAAAAAGCACAAGCUGAAUCCGAGGAAGAAAUCGAUAGCGACCAGGAGGAAGAACUAACGGCGGCCAGCACAUCGAAACAGUUCAACUUUGACGAUGAAGACGAAGGUAUCGUUGAAACCGCACAGGAUAAACGACUUCGGUUGGCAAAAAAGUACCUGAAAGAGGUGGAGGAAGCUGAACGUAGCCGGCGAGAGGAUGACGAAAUUCAUGACAGUGUUUCGGCGGUUUUAAGAGAGGACUAUCUGGAGAGUGUUGGAAAACUAUACCGAGAGGUAGCGGACCAAUAUCAGGGCUAUAGUCUGGACAAAGCCACCACGUUGAAAUUUAAGCAGCAGCAUCUUGCACCAACCUGUGCCUGUUUAACCGAGGACGAUAAGUUUCUGUAUGUGGCCAAUAAGAAUGGCAUUAUUGUCCGGUGGGACUUGGAGAAAAAGGAACGGCUAGCUUCGACGAAAGCUCAACGAACGGCCGUUCUAUCGCUGGCCGUUUCUUAUGAUUUAAAGUUCUUGGUUGUUGCUGAUGGAACCAAUGAGAUAAAAGUACUGGAUGGAAGCACAUUGAAUGCUGUUGAUUCAUUGAGUGGCCAUUCAGAUGUUGUCACCGGUGUUGUGUUCCGAAGGAACACUCAUCAGCUGUAUUCCUGCAGCAAGGAUCGCACGGUUAAGAUUUGGUCUCUGGAUGAAAUGCUUUACGUUGAAACUCUCUAUGGCCAUCAGACUCCGGUUACCAGCAUCGAUGCCUUAGCACGAGAGCGAGCGAUAACAUCGGGUGGAAAUGAUCACUCUAUUCGUAUAUGGAAGAUCGUGGAAGAGUCUCAGCUGGUGUACAGCUGUCCACCGACCGUCGACAGUAUCGAAUGUGUACGAUUAAUCGGGGACGAACAUUUCAUAACCUGUGCAACGGAUGGAUCCCUGUCGGUUUGGAGUUCUGGAAAGAAGAAACCGCUUAACACGGUUCAACUCGCUCACGGUAAAACAGCGAACGGAGAAGCUAAUUGGAUUAGUUCGAUUGCAGCCCUGUUGAAUACUGACGUGAUAGCGUCCGGUUCGUGUGAUGGUUUUGUACGAAUUUGGAAGCUGGUAGGCGCCGGUAAGAAAAUUGAACCACUAAUGGAGAUCCCGGUUGAAGGGUUUGUGAAUGCGCUGAAGUUUACUAGCGACGGCGAACGGUUGAUUAUCUGUGUGGGACAGGAGCACAGGCUUGGACGUUGGUGGACGCUGAAGCAGGCAAAAAAUCGAACCAUUGUUGUGCCGCUUAUUAUGACCGUGAAGGAGGGUAGUAGAAAGAAAAAGUAAGUUUGUAGGGGCAAAGUAUAUACUGUUUGAUCGAAAA